AUGCCUCAAAUCCAGAACGGCGAAUGGCAUGGACUAUGUGUCACAUGGAACAAAGAUGGUGGCCAUUUUCUGAUUUACUACGACGGUCGGUUAAUUAGAAGUGAAAGUGAUUUCAAAUCCGGAAAAUCAUUUUCCUCGAAGAAUACCUUUACUUUGGGAAUCGGAGCGGAGGAAAAGUUUAACUACACCGGUAUGUUAGGGCAUGUAAAUAUAUGGCCACGCAUUUUGGAGCACCCUCUCCUUUCAGUUCUUUCUUCCAAGUGUGGGGUAGAACGUGGAGGACUUGUUUCUUGGCCUCAGUUCCAGAAGGAUCUUCGUGGUGUUAAUUUGGGAGAAUCCUGUUCUUCUAACGGUAAGGGAAAACACAGUUAAUAGCUCCUGCUUAAGGAGCACUUGAUUUAACGUAAGGGUAGAGAGCUGGUGACUUGCAUUAUUUCUACCGACUUCUCUUGCGUACUGAUGUCCUCUUCCUAGGCCGCGAAAAUGCCAAUGUAUCUGUAACAGAUCUCGACAGAAAUAUAAACAAUAUACUUCACUAACCCAAAACACUUUCACGAUAGCUGUUUGAUCUCCAGGAAAAAUAAUUCAGGUUAUAAAAAGAUGUUAGUAGAUUUUUUACUAGCGCAGGCCAAAUUAAAAAGAAAAAAGUAUGGAUCCUUACGAGAAUCGGUCCCAUUCUUUCCUAUUCCGUGCUUCGUGUUUAUUAAAAUUUGUUAGCUUGUCAAUAAAAGAUUUAACAGCUCGUUUGCUCUAUUUUAGAAGUUCGUAUAACGCAUGAAGUGAAGCACUGGAAGCUUAAUGGAGAGGAUCAAGAUCUGAAGUAGGUUUUCUGAUAUAUGCGAGCUUGACGUUAUCCUAUCGACGUUGUAGUCGUAGCUAUUGACACCGCAACAAUCUUUACCAUUAUAAUAAUAGUCGCCAUCAUUGUCCUCAUAAUUUUCAUUAUCAUCAUGAUCAUCAUCAUUAUCAAAUCAUCUUUGCCAUCAUCUUUAAAUUCGAUGUCAUCGUUCUCUCUAUUUUCCUCUUCUUCCAGAUCCUCUUUCGCCUUUGGAUGCCUGUUUUCCUCCUUCCUCCUUACUCUAUCUAACUUAGCUCGACUUCCCCGUUGUCGCUCCGUAAAAGCUGCUAAAAUACCUCGUCAUUUAUAAAUCCUCCUCUUUAUCGUCGUUUCCUUUCGUAUUCUUCCCUUUGCUAUCAGUGGUUAUUUAGUUUGGUUAAUUUUUUUUCAAUUUGCCAUCUCACAAAACUCAAUGUUGGAGGGGACAUCUACCAUCACCAAACUGGCACUUCGGUGUUAAUGCAGAAUGAAUAUUUCUCGUAUUUUUAAUCUCCAUUUUUCUUAUUUGCCAAGGAAGUUUACAUCCUAAACAACGUUUCUCUAUAGCCCGCAGUAUAGCACUGUAUUCUUGGAAGGUCGCCUUAAUGGUCACAAAGCUGUUUAUCUUGAUCAAACAAUGGCCUACAUUGAAGCCCCACCCGUUUCUUUUGGCAUGGCAUUCACCAUGACAUCCUGGGUAAAACUUCUUUAUUCCGCCCCGAUCUACAGACCAAUUCUCAGCGUCGAAACAAACAGCACAGAUAAAUUUUCCAUCGGUUUUAAUGCUGAUAAUCAGCUGCUGCUCGACAACUGGUCCCAGGGAGUUUACAACAUCACAAAAAGCUAUGCCUUACAUCCAGCGAACGAGUGGAUCCACGUGACUGUAACCUGCAACCAAGAUAGGGUGUUGUCGUUUUUUGUCAACGGAAUGAAGGAUAUAUCUGUAGCUGACGUAUGGCAGGGUCCAAGAAGCGGCGCGUUCGAAAUAGGCAGAUACAAAAAUAUUAGUGAAGACAAGCAUCGGUACUUUCAUGGUUUUCUCAGUGAUCUCUUUGUUUUUUCGAGAGCUUUGAAAGCAGAUGAAAUCGGACGAUUGAUGGGUAAGUGAGACCUGUUUGAAUGUUGUCGAGAAAAAUACCUCCAGGGCAAACGAACGGCACUCUACAAUCCGACUACAAUAAGUAGAGUACAAAUAACGCGCGAAUCGGGUACAAAUAUCACACAAUACUUGGACAGUUGGCUAUUUUGCACUUUAAAAGAAAUCUGUUUAACCGGUCGGCUGAGAGCGCUGUGUUUCUCUAUCUGCUUCGGUUUUCCUGUCUUAUAGUAAGUUCAUAUUAUCGUUGUUUGUAUUUUAACUCUGACCACCUAGCUACAGAUUAACAUGGCGCGAUACUACACAUAAAACCGUUUAUCGAUAUAUCUAUGCACGAGCGACUUGGAAUUGCAUAAAAAUUUUGAUUCUUUCGUACUCUUAUCAAGGCUCUUCGAAUCCUUGUACUUUCUCGAAGUGGAGCUCUGAUGCUUUGACACCGCAACAAACACCAAUAGAGAAAUAUCGUUACAAAUAUUGCCCAGGUAUUGGGGAAUGUAAAGAAGUGCGAAAGUGGAAACCAGGUUUGUAAGAAUAGAACCUACUCUCUUUUUUAUUUUUAUAUUGACCCAUGCCUUGGAUAAUUUAAUUAUCCAAAUUAAAUUAAAUUGUCGGCCGACUGGCCGACUGGCCGACUGGCCGACUGGCCGACUGGCCGACUGACCGACUGACCGACUGACCGACUGACCGACUGGCCGACUGGCCGACUGGCCGACUGGCCGACUGGCCGACUGGCCGACUGGCCGACUGGCCGACUGGCCGACCUGACAAACUGUCCGCGAUACUGACAAGCUGACUGACUAAUAGACAGAUUGACUAUCUGACUGACCGACUAACUUUCCAAAUAGAUGAACUGAUCGAUCCAUUGAUUAUUUACCUGUAAAUAUACGUCGGUCAGAGGGUAGAUCAGGGCGCAUUUAUUACGCUUGAUUUCUCUUUUUUUUAUUGUUAUUUCAUACACAGCUGACUGUCGAGAAGUGCUGUUCUCGGGAAAUAAGACCAGUGCUAAGUACGCUAUAAGCCCCUUAAACAACCACGAAGAAUUCGAAGUUUUCUGUGACCAGGAAACGCAAGGUGGUGGCUGGACAGUCGUUCAACAAAGAAUUAAUGGGUCACUGGGCUUCGAUAGAACAUGGGAUGAAUACAAAGCUGGUUUUGGAACGGUAGGCGGCCAAUUAGAAAUGUGGCUGGGUAAUAAUAGAAUUCAUAGCUUAACGACCCAGAAAACUGAGCUUUUGAUCGAAUUGAAAGCGUUCGAUGGAACUGAAGGAUUUGCUUACUACGGCCAUUUUCACGUGGCUGGUGAGGAUCUUUCGUAUAAGCUAUCUGUUGGCGGUUUUUCAGGGAACAUUCCUGAUAAACUAGGAUUGCAUAACACUUUUAACUUUUCGGUGACUGAAUGCGGAGCUGGAACUUCAUCUUCGGGUUGGUGGUUCACUCCUUCUUGUGGCGAGGCUCUGUUAAACUCUGAGUAUGGACAUGAAACUGGUUCUAUGAUGUGGAGUGGUUUUCCGUAUACUGGCGCCCAUAAAGGCAAAAUAAAGAAGACCACAAUGAAAAUAAGAAGGAAAGAAGGUAAAGUGUUAUUCGAAGUUAGAAUUCGUGAAAUACUUGUUACACUUAACUGUUUCUAUUGUGAAAUGAACUCUUUAGCCUCUUUUGGCUAAAAUGUUAAAUUCUUGGUCGAUGUUCGAUGAAACCCCCGCCCUCACUCUACAAACUAUUUCAUUUUUUUAACAAAUCUUUAGGGUAUCCUGUUUUUAUCACAAACUGGACACCAUCAGCAAUGCGUUCUCGCUAACUUAUGCAAUGAUUAGCCUAUUUUCAUUCGUUUCAUGAGGUGUUCAGCCGAAGGUACAUGCAUUUACCGAGAAGUCUAUUAUUUCUUUCCAGAUCAUUUUGGAGACUACACUCUGAAGUUCUCAGAGAGGAGAGAAACCUUAAGCAUCGUCACCUUUCCAAUCAUCUUGACAGAGUUCCAGGCCUUUACCUCAUGUCUCUGGUUAAAAGUGCGACCUCCAACAGUUCCUAGACUAAUGAAUCUGUUCCGAUAUGCAGAACAGGACGGAAACUUCAGUAUGGACUUAAGACCCGAUGGCAAGGAAUAUAAGAUCAUUUUAUCGAUUUGGCCAAGGUAAGGAAAAAAUUAAUCAGAAGUACUAACAUAAUCUAGUAAAACUUGAGAUAAGGAGCAUGUUCAUUCAUCUCCUAGACAUAAAAAGGUUCAAAUUAUUUGAGAUUCGGGUGUCAGUGUAAUGAGAUGCAACUAUAGCCAACAUGAGAUUGAUUCAUGUUACGUGCCUUCCCCCAUCCCGGAUUGUAAAUGGAUAAUAGCACACUGUCGCGGUAACACGUGGAAAGAGUUUGAAGGAAAAAAGAAAGGGGGGGGGGAGGGGGUUGGAGAAUAAAUUGUUCAUCGAUAUCACAACGUAUUCGUGAUCGAAACUUGGUCGUUAAAGUUGACGAUAAAUUAAAAUUAGGGGUUGGCGAAAAAGUCGCGCUGAAUACAAAAAGGAUGAUACUUGGCUGCACGGAAUUCGAGUGCUCACGAGUAAGCAAAGCUACUGCAGGAAGUGUUUACCCAUGGAACUGAAACUUUCCUAUAACUCAGAAGUAGAGCGUCCGAACUACUAAUCGAAGGCCAUAGGUUCGACUCCUAUUGGGAACACUCGAAGUUCUUUUUCUCGGAGUAUCAGGCCUGUGUCAUUCAUUUAAUAUUGAACAUCAUUCUCUCCUUAAGAUUUCUUCACCACAAAUGUACUUUUAUCCGAGAAAGUUGAAUUCAACCUGAGAAGUGUUCUCAGAUUGAAACCCUUAAGGAAUUGUUAAACCGCUAUGUAUGUGAAAAAAGGUCCUUAUGUUGUUAAACCUGGUAAAUACGAAAACGUUCAUGUCUGGGCAUGUCAGGAUAGAAAUAUUAAAUUUAUUGUGUGCGUUGAAGAAAUCCUGUUUUCGAAACAGGAGAGAUUGUGUUAUUUCGUCAAUAUCGUCAUAUUAAAUCUCGAUAUUUGCAGCACCCAAAGGUUUAAUAAACAAGUCAAAUAUCCUUCUUUGGAUGGAGGCUGGCAUCAUGUUUGCACAUCCUGGACUUGCGUAGAUGGACGAGGUGCAAUUUACAUAGACGGUUCUCAAACAUCAUUCAUUGACAUUGGUAACGGGACGAAGUUCCCUGGUGGUGGGAAAGUUUUCAUUGGAAAUAUACAUGUACUGGACCCGCCUCAGCUAGAAGGGGAGAUCACAUACAUGAAUUUAUGGGAUAAAGUACUGUCGAAUGCUAGGAUCGAAAAUCUUGCGCUCUCUUGUAGCGCUGAAGCUGGGAACGUUUUACAAUGGAGUCUUUUCGCAGCCAUGUCGGUGGGAAAUGUACAAGUCGUUCCCUUUUCUGCGUGCAGAGCAAAAGGUAUAAUUUUUUCUAAAGUGCAUAAUCGUAGUCUUUUAUCUAACACUUAUAAAUACGCACCACUGACAGAGGAAAUAAUUUGACGUCGAAUAUUCGUUCUUCUAUAAAUCAGAAAACAAUCUGCUUCGUUUUACUCUCUGUAUUUUCAAAGCAUUUGUACUUAGGAACAGAACCACACAGACGCCUAUUCAUAGUAAGCUCGUUUUUUCAAUGCAUCUCACCCCUGCGGAGUGUACUUUUCAUUGUGCCUUUUUUCUCAAAAUCACAGUGAAAGCAUCUGAAUCCAGAGUCACUUGACACUGAGAAUGGCUUUUAUUCAGAUUAUAGGGCUACCCUUACCACUAGGGCGGACAGUCUUAUUGAUAUGCUUCUCGUUUUUUCUUUCUUCCUUUCUUCAUUUUUUUGCUAGCUGUUUUCUUUUUUGUUUCGUUUGAGGCUUUCUUCUACUAGUGAAUUCGUGGAUAUCUGGAUAUCUUGACGAAAAAAACUAGAGAAUGUCAUCUGAUAUUUCUAAUUGAAACUAUUUCUUCCGCCAUCAUCCUUGUUUCUGUCUGUUCUAGAGAUGUAUUAUUGGAACUUUAACCGAUCAAGUUCCUUGCAAAGCUUCGACGAGAACAAAAAUCACCGCGCCGAGUUAACUGGAGCCCAGAUAUCAGCUGACCAAAAAUAUUUUGUGAUCGAAGAUCAAGGAAAGUUUCAAGCGGAAAAUUUGAGCUCAGAACUCAGUGGUGAAAAUGGAUUUACGGUUUCAUUCUCAGCCAGGCAGACAGGUGGGUUAGAUGGGUGCCAUUUCAUGCCAUGUCAAGUUGGACGUCAUAUGCAUCCUGGAAAGAACUUCCAAAUUCUUUAAAAAGUGUAAAUGCUUGUAAUCACUCAUAAUUCCUUUUAAUCCCAAUGAAAUUGAUCGAGGACACCUCUAAUCGCCAUUUGGCAACUAGUGAAUGAUAAUAAUGGACAAAAAAGGGAAAAAAAUGUUUACAAUAGAAAUAAGAGACAAAAAACAGACAACCAUGUUAACGUGAGAUAGGUAAAAGCCGAGUGAAUUCACGGAAAACAUUCUUUUAUUAGGGAGUAAGAAACUGUGUUGCUGCGUCAGUGAGAGGUGAAACAAGAUAAUUAUUUUAUCGACCGGGCCAGCGUUAGCCCUUUGUCAUAAAGCCAAGCUGAAUUGAUAUUGAUUUCCAUCGAUUUUUGUAGCACAUAUAGGUGACACAUGUUUUUAGACUUAUAACAAAGCCAAGUAAGGAAAAACGUAAGUGAAACAAACCUUAUCUUAAAUUGCUUAGGACACAAUGUUGAACUACAUCAAACCUCCCCUCCAAACUUUGUAUUUCUACCUCUCUCCAAGAAGUCAAUUCCAGUUAUAGGAGACAUUUCUGCGACCUGGGGAUAUCUACUAACGCUAGCUUGGGCAAAAUUCGAACCUUUAACUUCCAUUAAAACCUGUGUUUUCUCUCUAAUCUCUUUCAGUUUUAGCCUCAAACAUACUUAAGGAUGACUUCAAAUCUCUUGAGGUGCUCCGCAAAGCAUUUCCUGAUUUCCUUCGUGACCAUGCAACGUGGAAACGUUGUUACUACGCUAACCAGUCAUCCUGGAGCACUAAAGAAUUUCACACCGAGUGCGAUUAUAGGGGACCAACACUAACUAUCAUACGUGUCCGAGAAUAUGUUUUUGGAGGCUUUAUUGACCAGAGUUGGGGAGGUAGGCAUUCUUUAAUAAUAUAAAAAUCUUUUUGAGGGUCAGAACUACGUAAGUUGUUCAAAAACUCAGUUUUGGCUGAAAGCCCAGAGGCAUUGUCCUAGCGCGUGUCGUUAAUGCAAACGAAGUCGUUUGUGCCGUGUUUUACAAAGCAGUAAAGAGGCGCACGCUGCCAUAUCUGAAGAGCGAAAUCAUCUAAAAGACUAAAACUAUUCUCUUGCACGGAUAAACAAAUGAAUAUAAACUUAAUCAAACAAGAGCGUGCAUGCACCCUUUAACAAGCAUCUUCCAUAGGAAUCAAGUACUCUGGAAAUAGUUUCAUGAUUUUUAAACGAUUUAUUGCCUACAGAUUCUAAAGAAUGUGUUUGUAUAAUAUUUAUGAUGGUAAAUUAAGGAUGAAUAUGUAAAAAACAUGACUAACCAAUGUAGCAAAAAGGGACCAGAUAAAAACGCUCAUGCUUUAUCAAAUUGUAUUUUCGUCUUGUUCUUAGGAAAACCAGCAGACAUUGGACGUCAGAUAGAAGGAUUCCUGUUCAGCCUGUCAAACCCGUUUAACCUGGCCCCUCGAGUCCUAUCAAUCCAGCAUGGCAACGCAUCCGGAAGAACAGAUCCGCUGCUUGGUCCAAGUUUUGGAGAAAGGGAACUUGAGCUCUUUGAAGAUAAAAAUGGCCGAAUCAUGGGAUACAGCAAUUUGGGUGCUUCUUUUGAUCUGAGGAAUGUUUCAUUGCCUUCUCAUGAAACUCGUUAUUACUUAACGGGCUCUCAGCAUUUUUAUCCAAACCAAGUGGAAGUUUUUUAUUACCAUGGUGAGUUAGUGCUGAAAAGGUAUCAAAAGAUUAGUUUUGUCGGUGAGUAAACUCGAGGAACACUCUGAGACCUCAUAGGAAAAAAGUUCCGAUAAAAUUAAUCGAUUUAAACCUUUCAAUUUGUUGGCUUUUGUCUAAUAGCCAUUAAAGAUGGAUAAAACAAAAUAUAAAUGAGCUCGACUUUCUUUUUGGAUAGUCAAUAAUCAGGUAAAAACUCAAGGGAUUUUAUGCGAGUUAGGGUGACUUGAGGCUUAAGAUAAGUCGCGGCAAUAUCGAGCUUUCCGCUUUAUUUAGUUCUAUCUAAACAAUUCGUUCAUAAAAUCAAAUGAUACUCGAAAACCAUAGCUGAGUGGUUCGUCACAUGCGCUAUACAACUGUUGCUUUCGAAGGUAAAUAUUUUGUAAGGCGACUCGAGAAAAGCUUGACCGAAACAUGAAGCGACUCAUGGAGAUUUGAAGCGACUUGAGAUAAGCUAAUGCACUAUAUGUCUCUCUCCCUUUAGUCCCUUCUACGCCAUUAGGUCUAGAAAAUCAAAUAUUACCCGACAACUACCUGAGUAGCUCAUCACAACUCAAUAACAGCACUGGUCCUUAUCUGGCUCGCUUAAACGAGCAACGCGACUCGAAGGCGUGGUGUUCAACCGGCCCUAAUGAAUGGUUGGAAGUGUUCUUGGGAAAACAAUACACCCUGACGCACGUGGCUCUGCAAUCGAUUGGUGGAGGCGUAGACGUAUCGGAAUUGAAAGUUCAGUAUGAAAAGACUAAGGAUGGAACCAAUUGGACAAAGUAUAGCAAGGAGAUUGACGGAAAAGAAAUUUCUAAGGUUUGCUUGUUGCUUUUGUUGCAGGGGUUUAAAAAAAUUGGCUAUCUUUUACUGCAGCCUAUAAGGCCUCCUAUUAUUUGUCACGGGGCCACAGGACAACCGCGGUCUACCGCUGGCCAUAAAACCUCCUACUGCCGUCUAUUGAGCCUGCACGCAGGCUCUCGUGUUUCGGUUUCGCCUGAAAAGCUCUUUUUUAGCCCCAGCUGCCUGUGCUUUUCAAUUUUUUGCUGUUUUUUUCCACUUUUUUGUUUUUCGUUCUUUCUUCUAUUUGAAGGUAAAUACAUGGGGAGCUUUGAAAUUGUUACAGGAUUGAUUUAGUUUUGCUUUAGCGUUCUGUGAUCUUUCAGGAAACUCAAACCAGCCUCUCAACCAAUCAGAGUCAAAUCUAAAACCGACAGAGUCACUCACAUUUUCUAGCGCCUCGGACAGUUCAUUUGUAUCUAUUUCGACUUUUCUUGGUUUGUUCUCGUUUUUCUUUUGUUUUGAUUGGUUGUUCUUACGUUCUUCUAAUAUCACCAAAGGUGAUACUGGAAUAACGCAAAAUAAAUUAUGGAGGCCGGUUAUUUACACGAGGUCCAACCAAAGCCAUGGCUUUACGCAAUCAGUGGGCCCUAAUCUUUCUCCAAAAGAGGUUUAAUGUAAUUAAAUAAAUGUCCUUCCGUCGUUAGCUUUCGGCAUUUUGAGCACUGAUCACAAAAAGAAAUGUUUAGACAAAAAGAUUCAACUUAACUGAAUAUCGUUUACGACAGGGUUUUGUUGAAAAACGGCUAAACUUUGUUUAGAUAAUUAGACCAUAAUGUCUGAAAACAUUUUGAAAGUUUAAUUUAUUACUUUUAUAACUGUUUCACCCAUGUAAUUUAUUUUAAAGGUACUUCGCUUCAAUUUUCCAUCAGCUGGGUUUUUGAUGAAGGAAGCGUUCAUUCCAUCUUUCCAAGCCGUCAAGGUCCGAUUCUAUCUUACAGAAACGAGAGUACAGUGCAUCAAAAUGGAACUUUAUUCCUACGAUGCAGGUUUGUGUAUGAGAUUAAAAAAUGGGAAAAAAAAGCUCUUAAGCCAUUUAAUUUUCCAUAAAUAUGCACACUUUUAUUCAAUUUUCAUGUUAUCAAUGAUAGUUGCUUUCAAUCAGCUUAAGAGUACAGGUCAAUUCUUCGUGUCUCGCUUUCUCUUUAAGGUUGCUCUCAGCCUCAUGGAGUUGAAAAUCGGACGGUAGUUCCAGAUGAACAACUAACAGCAUCCUCAACCGAAGUUUCUGAUAAAUACAAACAAGAUUACUUUUGGCCAAACAAAGGUCGGCUAAACCACGAUGAGGAAGGGGCAAGUUCCUGGGGACCUUACAAGCAUCCAGUCCAUUUGUUCGAGGGAAUCUGGUUUCAGGUAAUCAUCGUUGAUAAGUGUUCCUGAACAAGUGCAGGCCAAAUUCUCAAGUUGGUUUUUGCGAUCUUUGUUAAUCUUUAGUCAGUCUCGGGUUGGUCUGUUGUGAAAGGGGGUAAGGAGAGGGAAGUAGGAGGUUAGGGUGCUGGGGAGGAAGUUUUAUUUCUUGAGAUAAAACUGAGAACAAUUUUACUCCCUCUUUCUUUUUCACUUCUCGCUGAUUAAGAAGGUAAAAUAAAAUUCCUUUAUUACCCUGAAUACUUCGAUUGGAAGUUUAAGGGUGCUGUGGCCUUGUCAGGAUUUCAUGCAUUCGAGCUGAUUGUGAUACGUUUUAUUUCUAAGGUCGAUUUAAAGGAUGAAACAGAAGUAACAUGUAUUGCAACCCAAGGAAGGCCAAGACACAUCCAGUGGCCAACGAAAUAUCAAAUUGCGUACAGCUCUGAAGGAAAUGACUGGAAGUAUUUUGAAUAUAACAAUGGAGUAAAGGUAGCAUUACCCCUUUUCACAUCUUUAUUUCCAUCCGUUUCCCCGAACAAGGAAUGCGGGACGGAAGGGUAACGUGCUAGGAAACUUUGUCCCCUGUCUCCCGUCCCUGUUAGCUUUUUUUAAAUGAUUCUUGAAUCUUUUGGGAAAUUGAGUGUAUUUUUGAGUGGUUAAGAUCUGAAACCGCAAAAAGGUUUAUUCCUAAAUAACUCUUGGCGCGACAUUUUCUAUCUUAGGAAUAUGAUGCAAAUUCAGAUCAACACAUGGCAGGUACAAACUGGUUGGUUCCAUCCAUAUAUGGAAGAUUUUUUCGAGUAUAUAUCACUCAGUGCAAUUUUGCCUGCAGAUUGCGAAUGGAAUUGUAUGGUAGAAGAGAUUCGAGCAAUAGUAAGUCAUCCAAUACAAUUUUCAAGCUUUCUGUACAUUCUUUACCAAAUAUAGCGCUAAACAAAGAAACAAGAAACGGACAUUUUUUAUAAUUUUCACUAAUCAAGGUAGCCUUUUUGCUUUCGACUUGGCCUCUGUCGUGACGACGUAUACUGGCGUGGGGUUUUUUUUGUUUUCUUAAUGCAGAUUGUGUUAAACUUUUCCAGCACUGGUGCUUUCCAUAUAUGUUUGCGAUUCAGAUGAAUGACGGUUAUGCCAUAACGAAUUGCAUCAAAAACCUUAGAAUAAUCUCAACUUUAUCACUUACACCACGAAUUCUUAAGCAAAUAGCUGACACAAGUCAUGAACUACGUGAUUGCUGCUUCUGCCAUCUUAUCAAUUCAAGAUCUUUUUGAAAAGAAUUAGAUGCAGCACAAAAAUGUUAGGAAGCUGGAUGAAAGAAAUUGAUAAUUUAACUAUGUAACUGACCCUCACUGGAAUAGGAAUGCUGUUGGUUGCUACCUAUGAGUUAUCGUAUGUUCGUUUGCCACAAUUUCCUUUUGAAGGCAUCUGCUGGUUUAAGAAUGGCCUAUGUUUCAUCGUUCGACGUGGGCGAUACCACAUUUUCUUCGCCAAAGAAAAUUAUCGAUGGGAAAUACGCCAUAAAUUGAUUGUAAACCAAUGGUUCGAAGCCACUGUCACCUGGAAACCUCAAGAGGGUCUAAAAUUUUAUUUCAACGGCAAUCUGGUAGCAUCACAUAAGAAUCCAAUACAAAUGAGCGUUUCCCCUGACCAUGAACCGUUCAAGCUUCUCAUAGCUUCAAAGGAGAAUGGAGGUGGGUGGAGCAGAGCGACUUCUAUUGAUGAUGUCGCGGUUUGGGGAAUGGCGAUGACCAAAGAGCAAAUUAAACGCAAGUCUGAAGGUUUGUUUAUAGUUUUCACAACCGCAAGCUUUCAUUGAACGUAUUCCCUCCUUUUCAAAACUCUUAUCUGCCAAUUGUCAAGGAGACUAAUCAGUUCAGGACAAAUGUAUUAGUAUUGGCAGUUUGUCAAAGAAAACUUAAAGGUUUCUUACAGACUGAUAUUCCAUCGGGUAGAAGGUCUCAUACUACCGAGGAAGAGCAUAGAGCGCUUUUCGAUCGAGUUCCAUAACAAGAAGUAGAUAAAGUAAAAACAUGCACACUGCUUCGAGCGAGAGAAUGGAAAUGAAAAUAUCAUGAUCGGCUUCAGUUUUUCUGCUAAAACCUACUAAACAUGUUGAAUUAAAUAGCUGUCUACUUGCUGUUCAAUCUACUCUUGAUAUCAUCCUUCUAAUGUUCCUAGUUCAUUUCGACUUUGACGAUAACUCUAGAGACUGGAAAUCUUUACUAGAUGGCACCAGUUCCUGGAAACUACACCAAGGAUGCACUAAAACGUCGGGUACUGGGCCAUGCGACGAUGGUUCUAGAGGAGGUAUCAUGAACACUUGUUUGUUUACUUCUUUGUUCUUGCUUGUUUUUUGUUGCUGUUGUUGUCGUUUUUGUUUCAGAUAAUUUCCAGCUUUACCUGAUUACGUUUUUCCACUCCUCCACUAAACCUCGCGGUUUUCGAUUGUGCUUCGUUUAACUAGCUUGGAACGGGCCAUAUUUUACCGUGCAUCGAAGCAUUGAAUGGCUUGCGUUUGGAGGGAUUUUAUGUAUUGUAUGGCAAAAGCCAAACAGCGAGGGGAACAAAACGUAAACGUAGGAAUUUUCUAUAAAGCCUCCAAACUGAUGCACAAAUUUAUCUUGAACCUCAGUUAACUUUAUUUUGUUUCAAACGGUCAAUACCAGGAUAGUCAGGGAGGCAACGUCUUGACUGUCACAGGGAAACAAAAUAAGGGCUCACUUUCCUUACCAUGAAAAAUGUAAAAUUUGCAUAACAGAAUGAAGCAAAAAAAACAACGACAGAUUUCGCUCGGUGCGAGCUGUCUCUUCAUGAGGAUCAAUCGGUACCAUAUAAUUGACUUCGUUCAGUGUGUUACAACUGGUUUCUUUGUUUAUUUGUUGUCUACAGGUCGCUAUAUUUAUUUUGAUGCCUCGCUGUCUAAAGGAAAAGCCAGGUUUUCUACUCCCUACAGUAUCCACUCUCAUACGUGUCUGAAAUUUCAUUAUCAUAUGACUGGUAUGCAUACAGGGAGGCUAAAUGUUUAUACGACAGAUAUCAGGGGUAAAGAACAAUUGCUGUGGAGGCUCUUUGGAGAACAGGACAAUAUAUGGAGAGAGGCCAGUAUCCCAGUCAACGGUAUUCAUCAACAAUAUCAGGUACAUUUUUUCGAUUGUUACACUAUGAAAGUGUUAACCACUGACCAAUUAGGCCUUAGCUCCAUUUUGGCCAUUGCUUUUACCUGUUUAGAAAGCAGUUGAGAUACUACACGUACUCUCAUUGGUCGAUAGUGGCGUUUAGAUGAGAGCAUUUGAAUGCGGUUGAUAGGUUUUUUAGAUAAAUUUCUCAUAAAAACGAGUGACAGGACUUUUCCUGUAGACCAUUUGCCCACACGAAGGGCUAACGCUCUAAACAUCCAAACGUCAACUUUAAAAAAAUUUUCCGGUGGCCAAAUUAUAUUUUCCUGUCUAGCUUCACUGAAACACAAGGGGUGUUGAGAGACUUCGAGAAAGUCCUGCUAGCCCACGACUGCCCAUUGAGUUCGCAAAAUUGUCCAGAAGUCUCCCAAAUUUUGUGAGUCUAACAUAAGCCGACCUGAAUAUAGAUAUUUCAACAAGUGCGUAUAUUCCGUCAUAGGUUAUUUUUGAAGCGGUUGGUGGUCCAGAUCACUUAGGAGACUUAGCAAUAGAUCAGAUUGUGUUUACCAGAGAGUCGUGUGUCUUCUCGCCUUUUUCAGCAAUGCCCCAGAAUUCGUAUCGCUCAGGAGUGGGUAAGUCACGUGUUGCUCUAUUUUUACUGCAUUUCUGAUGUUUGCAUCGUCUUAUUUAGUGAGAUUAUGUUCCGGGAACAAAGAACCUCCUAAAAGUUGACUUUCUCCUAACAAGUGGUAGCUCGGUUAAUAGUAGCGCCCGAGUAUUAUCUUUAAGACUUGGGUACGAAUCCCUCAAAGCCUGAAUUUCCUCAGGCUUUUCUCUUGCAAUUCCUUCUAUCGCUGCUCUUCAGUGAGGUUACUCUUUAUCCUCUCUUUGUUUUUCUGUUCCAUGGAAAAUUCAAGAUAUUUUUUCAUGUGAGAGUCAGCCUUCUAAACUAGAACUUCUUUUCCAAAGCGAAACUACUGAAUCCCUGAAAUAAUGUAUACUCAAGAACCCAUGGCAGCUUAUACAAAAUUGUAUGUAGGCUUGUCAUGAAAAUAAAUAAAAAUGGCCUAAGAAUUCUGGCGUCUUUAACACACUUUUACUGUUCUCGUGACUUCAUUUUUCGUAGUUAUCACCUCCUCUAUAGUUUCAAUGGACACUAUUUACCAUCAAUAUCUUGGUUUGAUGGUGGAAGAAGAAGGUUAUGGCUCUUCCCGUUGGAUUCCUUGUUAUCGCGCUCUUGAUAAUGGCUGGAACGUUUCUACCUUUCACAGGCUCUGUGACGAUAAAGGUCCUACCAUGACCAUAAUCAGAAAAAGAAAUAACGUGUUUGGGGGCUUUACUGAACGAAGAUGGAGUGAAGGUACUUCAUGAAGAUUUUUUUUUUGGCCCUCUUUUAAAAUAGUAAUUGUUGAAUCAUUUUUUAGAGCCAUUAAAAAUACACCAAAAAGUACCCAAAGAAGCUAAUGUAGCUUAAAAUGCUGUAUGAGACCACUGAGCCUAUAAGACCUUCAGGCUGUCAGCCUGUGCCCUCACUGCCAGAGAACUACUCCCAUUUCCAAUUUCUAGGGGGAGGUUAUGAGCACUGUUAUUCCCCUUGGAUGGGAUGUAAGUCCCGCGUAACCUCCCAGCAUUUAUCCACUCCUUGGUGGAGAGAGAUACUAAUGGAAUAAACUAAAUGACCGCUAAAUGACCGCCAUUAAACUCUCGCGUUGCAAUGUUGUACUCUAUUAUUGUGGUGUCAUUGUAACAAAAUGUGUUUACGUUAUGAAUUUUCAGGCCAGGAAAAUGACCACUCCAGUUACGAUUUCCAUUUUUGGCGCAAAAACGUUGCGGACUGUGUCAAAACCGCUAUACUACCUCUCACGUCAUCGCCAAUUUCUAGUUUCACAGCCUCGUUUUGGAUUAAAACCUCAGUUAAGUCACCAUUAAUAGUGUUCUCUAUUAAGCAAACAGGCAGCCGCAUGCAUUUAAAACUGGAUUCUACCGACUCAUUCACUCUUUGUUGGAUCAUUCCCUUUAAUGAAUGCAAGUAAGUUGAAAUUCCCUCAUUAUUUUGUUCAAGACUAAAGGAAGAUCAGAUGAGUAACGCAUUAGCUGACGACAUGAAAUGACGGCUAUGAAAGAGACUGAACUUACUGUUUGUUGGUUGUUGUUUGUUUUUGGAUAACGUGACAUGGCGGAUUGUCCGAAUUGUAGCAGCGACAGGGUCAUAUAUUGUGUCGUAACUUUUGAGUUUGAGACAUCACUCUCCCAAUGAUUUCCUACACUCAAGGGUAUUAAUAGGUACCAGUGAGUUGCCAGAGAAACCCAGCUAAAUGUUGUUUAGUUGUGGUCUAACAACAGGGAAGGGAGAGUAGAAAUAUUUCUGGCUUCUGUAUGUAUGCAAACUGGGAUAAACGGCGACAGCUACGUAUGUUGCUGUUUUGUGCCGACAAAAAAUUUUAGCUGUUCUCUCAUGAAAAAAGUUUCAGAAUACGUCAAUUAUAUGCCACAAUUUCUACGUUACGCGGGCGUGCGAUAUCGUUUUCCUUUCCACAUGAAGCCUUGCGUUUGA